AUGGACGUCCUUGCCCCGUUCCACGCACCAAUAACGUGUAUCGACAUGCACACCACCGGCGAGCCAACGCGCAUCGUCAUCGCCGGCUUUCCAGCACUGAGCACGCCCUCCACGCUCCUCGAGCAACGCGCCGAAGCACGCUCGCAACACGACCACAUCCGGAAACGGCUCAUGCUCGAGCCCCGCGGGCAUUACGACAUGUACGGCGCCGUCCUGCGCCAGGACACGGAACUCGUGCGGAGCGGCCAAGCGCACAUCGGCGUGCUCUUUACGCACAACCAGGGCUAUUCGACGAUGUGCGGACAUGCCACUAUUGCGCUGGGACGGUUUCUCGUCGACACGCAUGAUCCGGCCGUUUUUCCGAAGAGGGAGGAGCUGGUGUCUGACCCGGUUCGCCAGACGACGCGCGUGGACAUCCAUGCGCCGUGUGGUGUUGUGAAUGUUUCCGUGCCGACCAGGCAAAACGAAAGGGGGGUGCUGGUUGCUGAUUCUGAGCGGGAUGUGUCAUUUAUUUCCACGCCUGCUUUCGCAUCCGGCAUUCGGGUCACCGUGUCCAUUCCCGAGGCGAGGAGAUGGCCUGAACUCGUCGCGCAGGGACGGCGCUCGGUCACGCUGGACGUGAGCUUUGGCGGGACCUUCUACGCUCUUGUUUCCGCCAGGGAACUCGGCUUCCCGACAGGCCUGGCAAGGGGGAGGAUGGAUCUGGACGCGCUCAGCCGGUGCGUGACGCUCCUGAAGGCCCAUCUCGUCGAGGACGAGGGCUUCCGGAAGUACAUCACCCACCCCGUGACGCCGGAUUACUCGUUCCUGUACUCCGUCAUGGUGGUGGACGAGGAGGUGGGCGUGGUCCCUGCCGGUGCGGACGGCGCGGAGACGGGACUGUGUUUCUUUGCGGACCAUCAGAUCGAUCGGUCGCCCACGGGAAGCUGUGUGGUUGCCCGGAUGGCGUUGGCGUACGCCAAGGGGAUCAGGAAGAUCGGAGAGCGAUGGACGUAUCAUUCUGUCGUGUCGAAUGCGUUUGGGGGCGAGGGGGGGUUUACGGCUUCCAUUACGGAGGAGGCGGAUGUUACCGAUGCGCAGGGCAGAGUCGUGGCUAAGGGGGUCCGAGUCUGCGUCGAGGGUCGUGCAUUCUAUACGGGAUCGAGUACGUUUGUUGCUGAGACUGGAGAUGCUACUGCGGACAGUGGGUUUACCAUGCAGAGCGUUACGCAGGGGUGA